AUGUCAACUCUCAACUCUCAACUUGGGAUCCACCCCACCACCGACUGCCAUAGUCUUGUGGAUUUCGUUCAAAAACUGGUUGGUGGUGGUGGCCGUCACCCGCAACCAUCCAUCAUUGGCCGGACUACGGCACGGGCGGGGGCGCUGGCUGGCGGCGCUGGGUUACUUGCAGCAACCAUCAAGCAUCAAACAGCAGUAAUACCUGAGGUAGUUAGCAGCAGCAGCAGCAUCAGCGAGUCCACGCAACGACAAACGCGGCUACGAAGCUGCAAGGGGAGCGAGCCAUUCAAAGAAGUCAGGUCACAAGGCCUAGCCCAGCCCCUCUCCUCCCAACCACACACACCACUCGGUGCCUUAUUAGUCCUGAUUGUAUCGUUUGUUCAGGAUCCGAGCACUCUGGGUGUCUGGCACGUCUGGCUAACUAGGAACUGCGAGGAUGUGCUAACAAGCAAGCUUUAA